UCUCUUUUCCCUCUAAAAAUCAAGCUUCAACUUCCUACUCUCGCCAUCUCUAACCAGUGUAGGUUCCCGCCAUUUUUAUCGAGAAGAAGAUUUCGUACAAUAUUCUUUAUGGUGCCGGACUCAUCUCCACAUGUCGAUGACGACGGCGCUUGUGAUCUCGGCUUCUUAUCGUCCAAAGAACGCUCUCUUUCGAGGCGCAAUCUCAAGCAGCAUCAGGAGCAAGACAAUGUGUCCUCGGAUCGCUCUGUCAGCCGUUUUCGAUCAAACCUCGACCGGCGCGAUCGCCACGGGUGGUUUCCGUUCAGAAGGAGAUCGUUCAUCGUUUUGGCGUUCUUCGUUUUGUUCACGCUGUUCAUGUUUCAGUUGUUUCUGGAGAGUUCGAUGACUUCGGUGUUCUUGAAAAGGAGCAAGAAAGCUUGGCCGCGUGAGGCAGAGUUGAAGCCCGGGAGGACACUUAAGUUCGUGCCGCAGAGGAUUCCUCGGAAGUUUAUUGAAGGUAAUGAGGUUGAUCGAUUGCACUCGGAGGAUCAUGUUGGUUUCCGGAAACCGAGGCUUGCUCUGAUAUUGAGAAACAUGGAGAAAGAUUCACUAUCCUUGUUCUUAAUUACUGUAAUGAAGAACAUGAAGGAGCUUGGAUAUGUGUUUGAGAUUUUUGCAGUUGGCAAUGGAGAAGCACGUCAAAUGUGGCUGAAACUUGGUCGGGUUGUCCUUUUAAGCCCAAAGCAGUUUGGCCAGAUCAAUUGGUUACUUUUUGAAGGCAUUAUCGUCGAUUCUUUUGAAGGGAAGGAGGCUAUUACAAGCAUUAUGCAGGAACCUUUUUGUUCAAUACCACUUAUAUGGAUCAUUCAGGAUGAUAUCCUAGCCAAGCGUCUUAAAAUGUACAAGGACAAGGGCUGGGAGAAUCUUGUUUCUCAUUGGAGAAGUACUUUUAGCAGAGCUAGUGUUAUUGUGUUUCCCAAUUUUGCUCUUCCUAUGCUAUAUAGUGCGCUUGAUACUGGAAACUUUCAUGUGAUCCACGGAUCACCAGUGGACGUUUGGACUGCUGAAAUUUAUAAGAGCUCUCACUUCAAGUUUAAAUUAGGACAGAAACUUGGAUUUGGUAUAGAAGAUUUCGUAGUUCUUGUGGUUGGAAAUUCCUUCUAUAAUGAGCUAUCACCGGAAUAUGCUGCGGCAUUGUAUCGCAUGGGACCUCUACUAACAAAAUUUGCAAGGAGGAAGAAUCCUAGAGGGUCGUUUAAAUUUGUCUUCUUGUGUGGUAAUUCCUCCCACGGAUGCAAUGAUGCUCUGCAGGAAACUGCUUCACGUUUAAGACUUCCUCGUGGUUAUUUAAGCCAUUAUGGCUUUGAUCAAGACGUAAAUGGUAUUUUGUACGUGGCCGAUAUUGUUCUUUAUGAAUCUUCCCAAAAUGUACAAGAUUUUCCUCCCUUGCUCAUUCGGGCGAUGACCUUUGGAGUCCCAAUAGUGGCACCUGAUAUGCCCAUUAUUAACCAAUAUGUUGUUGGGGGGGUCCAUGGAUUACUUGUUACUAAAUUCAGUUCAGAUGCUUUGAUAAGAGCUCUCUCUAAUCUUUGUUUUGAUGGAAGGCUCGCUAGAAUUGCUAACAAUCUUGCUUCAUCUGGAAAAUUACUUGCCAAAAAUCUUCUUGCUUUAGAGUGCAUUACUGGAUAUGCAAAUCUGUUGGAGGAAGUCCUCAAUUUCCCAUCAGACGUUAUACUGCCAGGUUCCAUUACCCAGCUUCCAGAAGCAGCGUGGGAAUGGGAUCUCUUUUGGAAGGAAAUAAUACAAGGAUCUUCCAAUGAGCAACGCGAUAAGAAUGUUAAAAAGAAAUCUAGUGUGGUGAUUAAACUCGAAGAGGAGUUCUCUGACCUUGUUAGUCCCUUGAACAUCUCCAGUCCUAGAAAGGAGAUUUUGGUGCAUGACAUCCCAACUCAACAAGAUUGGGAUAUUAUCGGGGAAAUAGAUCGUACUGAAGAACAUGACAGAGUGGAAAUGGAGGAGCUUCAAGAAAGAACAGAAAGAAUAUUAGGUUCAUGGGAAAAAAUAUAUCGUAGCGCACGGAAGUCCGAAAAGAUGAAGCUUGAAAAUGAGAAUGACGAGGAAGAUCUUGAAAGGGCAGGGCAAGCAGUAUGCAUUUAUGAGAUAUACAGCGCACCUGGAGCUUGGUCAUUUUUGCAUCAUGGUUCUAUGUUUCGUGGACUUAGUCUUUCUUCGAGCGCACUGAGGUUGGAAUCAGAUGAUGUCAAUGCUCCCAAGCGUCUUCCUCUUUUGGAAGACAGAUUCUAUCAGGACAUUCUUUGUGAGAUGGGAGGAAUGUUUGCUGUUGCAAAUAAGAUUGAUACGAUUCACAGAAGACCUUGGAUUGGUUUCCAAUCGUGGCAAGCUGACGGUAGUAAGGAGUCAUUAUCCAAAAAGGCUGGAAAGGUCUUGGAAGAAGCAAUUCAGAAGAAUACUAGAGGGGAAGUUAUUUACUUUUGGGCGUACAUGGACGUGGAUUCUGAAGUCACGGACAGCACUGAUGGUCCUUUUUGGCACACAUGUGACAUCCUCAAUCGGGGACAUUGCAGUUCUACGUUUAAAGAUGCCUUUAGGCAGAUGUAUGGACUGCAUCCAUCACAUUCGGAAGCUCUUCCUCCAAUGCCUGAUGAUGGUGGUCUCUGGUCUUAUCUGCAUAGCUGGGUGAUGCCAACCCCUACAUUUGUGGAGUUCAUAAUGUUUUCCCGGAUGUUUGUUGAUUCCGUAGAUGCCGUGAACAGAAAGCUUGGCAAUAGCAGCAAAUGUUUGCUGGCUUCCACUGGACUGGAGAGAAGGCAGUGUUAUUGCCGGCUGUUGGAUAUCCUGAUAAACGUGUGGGCGUACCACAGCGGGCGGAGAAUGGUUUAUUUAACCCCACGUUCAGGCUCGCUAGAGGAGCAGCAUCCCCUUGAAGAACGUCAGGACUUCAUGUGGUCCAAAUUCUUCAACAUCACAUUAUUGAAAGCCAUGGAUGCAGACUUGGCCGAAGCUGCCGAUGAUGGCGAACAACCGAGAACCAAAUGGUUAUGGCCAUUAACAGGAGACGUAUUCUGGGAAGGGAUGUAUGCAAGGAAAAGCAAAGAAAGGCAUAGGCAAAAAGUUGAAAAGAGGACAAAAUCCCGACAUAAAAAAUCAGGCAACCGCCGUAAUCAUGAACACAAGCAAAAACCACUUGGAAAAUAGCUGACAACAAACUAAUAGUCUCUUUGCAGUAAAUGCAGAUUAGAUAUGAUAGAUCGAAAUGGUGAUGAUGCUUUACGAGUACAGGAAGACUCGUCAAUUCAAGUACGUCACUUUCUUUCAACCUCUUUUCCAUAAUACGUCGAUUUUAGCAAUUAGCAAUUAGCAAUUAGAUAAUGUCUUCCUUCGAUAUAAUAUCUUGUAAUCA